AUAGUGUAUCAAUCAGGGCGCACCUAUAUGGCGCAGGUUGUGACUGCCGUUUGUAUAAUUCUACUGCAGUUGCAGAGAAAUGUUUUUGUGUAAAAAUGAGGUACUGGGUUUUUAAUAGAUUGGUAUCAAGUUGUAUAGUUUCGAUAUUUGUAUUUAACCUUGAUUCAGCUUUGUUUGUGUUUUGUUGAAUUUAUAAAUCUAACAAGGACUUUCAAAAGUAAUGGAACAAAAACAAUAUUACAAAUAUUGCAUUGUGCCUUUGUGCACAAAUACUUCCAUCAAAUCACCCAAUAAAAUAUUUAUAAGAGUACCUGAAGAUGAUCGUAAUCGUCGCAUAAAAUGGUUAAAUGCAUGCAAAAGGAAUAAAAAUGAUAUUUCACAUAACAACAAAGCUCUUCAUGUAUGUGAAGACCAUUUUAAUCUAGAAGAGGAUAUGGAAAAUUACAUAAAAUUUAAGCUUAUGGGUGCACAAAAGAAAAUGAAACCUGAUGUAAUUCCUCAUAUAUUUAAUUGUCAAUCAGAUAGGAAAAGAGCAUUUUGUCACCCCCCUAGGCCAGCGGCACUCAAAAUAAUUGAAAGCAGAAUAGUUGAUGAUGCUGUAGCUUCUACUUCGACCUCAGUUACAGGCAAUUUAAAUUACAUGAAAAUAGAGCUACAGGGUACCCAAAUAGUUGAGCCUGCAAAUAAUCUAUUUGAAUAUGCAAAAAUUUCUUGGGAUAUGGCUUCUUUAGAAUGUGAAAGGCAAAUUAAGAGGGAGGUGCAAUCUGUUGAUGAUGAAGUUCCUUUUCAAAAACAUGACGUGAAAUCUGAACCAAGUGAAGCUGAAAUGUUCAGUGAAUGUGAAAGAAAUGGCGAUGCCUCUGAUGCUAACAUGUCUACCAACGAUUUGGACGAACACGAUGAAUUGAAAGUGAAUAUGCAUAUAAAUAAAUUUGAUCCAGAAGAAAUCACAAUUGAGGAAACUUUUUUUACUCCUUACUUUGAUCUCAAAUCUGAAAAGUGUGAGAAUGCAAUGAUGGAAGGUUCGAAUUUGAAAGCAUGUGAAGAACUAUUUAGCCACGAAAAUGGAUCCAGUAAUAGCAGGCGAAACCAUAACGAGUCUCACGCCAUACUAUUUGGAAAUAUGACUGAGGAUUUGAAGCCUUCUGUUGGUUUUACCACUGAUUCUGGAAACAUCUUUGUUGAAACAAAGGAAGAAACUAUCUUUGAGAAGAAAGAAGAGAUAAUGGAGUUUGCUGUUGAAAAUGAUCACGUAAAGCAUGGGAUUUUAGCAACAACAGUUAAUGAACAAUACAAUUCUAUAAACUGUUUGAAUUUAAAAACCAGUGAAAAACCUCAUAGUGGAGAAAAAACAUUUCGGUGUAAAAUAUGCUCAAAAUCAUUUGCUAGAACUGAUGCUUUAAAAUACCAUGAAAAAUUGCAUUUUGGAGAAAAACCGUUUCAGUGUCAAAUAUGCUCAAAAUCGUUCAGUCGAAGUGGUGUUUUGAAACGUCAUGAAAAAAUUCAUACUGGGGAAAAACCCUUUCGGUGUAGAAUAUGCUCAAAGUCAUUCAUUGGAAAUUGUGAUUUAAUUAGACACGAAGGAACUCAUUCUGGGGAAAAGCUGUUUCAGUGUAAAGUUUGCUCAAAAUCGUUCAGUCGAUGUGCUUAUUUGAAAUAUCAUGAAAAUAUUCAUACUGGAAAAAAUCUCUUUCAGUGUGAAAUAUGCUCAAAAUCAUUCAUUCGAAGAACUCAUUUAAAAAAUCAUGAAAAAAUUCAUACCGGCAGAAAACCAUUUGAGUGUGAAAUCUGCUUUAAAUCAUUCUCUCAAAGUUAUAGUUUGAAAAUCCAUGAAAAACUUCAUACUGGCGAAAAAUCUUACAAGUGUAAAUUCUGCUCAAAAUCAUUCAUUCAAGGCAGUACUUUGAAAUACCAUGAAAAAACUCAUACUGGGGAAAAACCCUUUCAGUGUAGAAUAUGCUCAAAGUCAUUCAUUAGAAUUAGUAAUUUAAUCACUCAUGAAAGAACUCAUUCUGGUGAAAAACCGUUUCAGUGUAAAAUAUGCUCAAAAUCAUUCAGUCAAAAUGGUCAUUUGAAAAGCCAUGAAACUAUUCAUACUGGAACUAAACUCUUUCAGUGUGAAAUAUGCUCAAAGUCAUUCUUUCGAAAAACUGAUUUGAAAAAUCAUGAAAAAAAUCAUACUGACAGAAAAUCAUUUGAGUGUGAAAUCUGCUUUAAGUCAUUCUUUAAAAGUCGUUAUUUGAAACUCCAUGAAAAAGUUCAUACUGGCGAAAAAUCUUACAAGUGUAAAUUCUGCUCAAAAUCAUUCAUUCAAGGCAGUUCUUUGAAAUACCAUGAAAAAACUCAUACUCAAGAGAAACAAUUUCAGUGUAGAACUUGCUCAAAGUCAUUUAUUUGCCAAAGUAGUUUGAUGAGCCAUGAAAAAAUUCACACUGGCAAAAAACCCUUUCAGUGUAAAACUUGCUCAAAAUCAUUUAUUCAUCAAAGUGGUUUGAUAUACCACGAAAAAAUUCACACUGGCGAAAAACCAUUUCAGUGUAAAGUAUGUUCAAUGUCAUUCAUUCGAAAUAGUGAAUUAAUUAAACAUGAAAGAACUCAUUCUGGGGAAAAGUCGUUUCACUGUAAAUUUUGCUCAAAAUCGUUCAUUCGAAGUGAUUAUUUGAAAAAACAUGAAAACAUCCAUUCAAGGAAGCACUUCGAAAUAUGAAAAAACACUACAGGUGAAAAGAAAGUCCUUUCAGUGUAAAAUUUAUUCGAAAUCAUUCAAGUUGGUGAUUUGAAAUGCCACAAAAAAUUUAUACUGGAGAGCAGCCAUUUCACUGUAAAACUUGCUCAAAAUCAUUUAUUCAACAUAGUGAUUUGAUGUACCAUGAAAAAAUACACUGGGGAAAAACCAUUCCAGUGUAAAAUAUGCUCAAAGGCAUUCAUUCGAAAUAGCGAAUUAAUUAAACAUGAAAAAACUCAUACAGAUGAAAAACCAUUUAAGUGUAAAAUCUGCUUAAAAUCAUUUAGUCAAAAUUGUCAAUUGAAGUCUCAUGACAAAGAUCAUGAUUCUUUGGAAUUAUAAUUGUCAACAUUAUAAUAUUCUUACUUCAGAACUGUGUGGGUUAAUAUGGUCGUGGAUGGGUUUUUCUAUUAACUAGCUGUUGUCAUUCUACGACUGAUAAAAGUGUAAACUGGUUUAAUGUUUAGACUUGAUUUCUAUCUAUAAUUUACAUACAUUUUAACAAAAUUACUCUACGUAACAAAUCAAAUUAAGUCUCAAGACUGUAUUGACGUUAUCUAAAGUGUUGUAAUGCCAAAACGUGGAUAUCUCGAUCCUUUUUUAGCUGUUGGGGUAAGUGUUCUAUCAUAAAUGUCAGUCCAUAUUAUGAUGUCACUGUUAUAAAAUGUCAUGUCUACCACUCUGUGCUAUUACAAAUAUGUUGUACGCUGUACCAGUGCUGCCACUGGUAACAUAAUUAUCGAAUUGAAACAUAUUUUUCCUCAAAAUUAAGUCAAACGGUGAUGUGUAACAUAAUCGAUAAUUGUAACAUAAUUUUUUAGUCUUGGAAUGUUUCAACUUUGCAGGUUUCAUUCUUACUGUACCAAUAAAAAAAAUUAUUUUUUUUUA